CAUUGCUCGUUUAGAUCCCGCCCUAUGCUAAUUCAGGAAAUAGUUUGACCUGAACUGCAGAUGAGUUUGGCAGUAACUCUAGCUAACGGUAAUUUCUAUACCACUUGCGCCUAUUUUAAGAGAAAAACCCAAUAUGUUUAUGUGAGCUGAAUAUAAUGUCUUUGUGGCGUUAUAAUGCCACGUUUUCUACGCUGAACCGUGUUACUCCAAAUGGGAAGUGAACAAUUAAAACGUUAUCCACAGACAACUUACAAAUCUGGGCAUUUUUAAAAUCAACAAUGAUAAGUUCAGGUAGUGGACCUUUGUAAAACUGACGCCUAAUGUCAAGAGGAGUCGACGCUGAACAGCUAUGUCUUUUCGACUAUUUUCGUGGUUGCUGCUGCCCUGCUGUCUGAAUGUGUUCAGACAUGAAUUCGCCGGGGCUCAAGCGAUCCCGGUACCCAGUGCUGCCAAAACUUUAGUAUGGGGACCUGGACUAGAAGCAAAUAUUGUCCUUCCAGCUCGCUUUUUCUACAUACAGGCGGUGGACAGCUCGGGAAAAAAUUUAACAGUAUCACCUGGUGAGAAAACCUUUGAAGUGAAGAUUGUGUCUUCAGUAGAGCAGUUCACCAGGAUUUGGAUCCAGGUCCUGGAUCGUCAGGAUGGCUCAUUCCUGGUUCGCUACAGAAUGUAUGCCUCCUACACAGACCUUCACAUCCACAUUCUGCUCAAGAAUAAACAUGUUGCCAAGUCACCAUUCAUUCUUAAAGGCCCAGUCUACCAUGAGGGCUGUAACUGUCCCCAGGCCAGUGGUUCUGUAUGGUUGGAUCACAUGCACUGUCCCCAAAUCUUCCCCCAGAUAGACAGGGACUUGUCCCAUUACCUUAGUGUUGACCCAGAUCGUAAUGCGCGGGAAAUUCCACAGCGCUUUGGACAGCGGCAAAGUCUCUGCCAUUAUACCGUCAAAGAUAACAAGGUCUAUGUUAAAACGUUUGGGGAACAUGUAGGUUUUAGAAUCUUUAUGGAUGCCAUCCUCCUGUCACUCACCAGGAAGGUGCAGCUCCCCGAUUUGGAGUUUUUUGUUAACCUGGGUGACUGGCCAUUGGAAAAGAGGAAUCCCACUGAGAAGAUUCAUCCAAUCUUUUCCUGGUGUGGUUCUAACAAUACCAGAGAUAUUGUCAUGCCCACUUAUGACCUGACUGAGUCUGUCCUUGAGACCAUGGGAAGAGUGAGCCUGGACAUGACGUCGGUUCAGGCCAACACAGGGCCACCAUGGCCAGAGAAGAAUGCCACAGCCUUCUGGAGGGGGAGGGACAGCCGUCAGGAGCGACUGGAGCUGGUCAAGCUAUCGAGGGCUCACCCCGACAUGAUAGACGCUGCUUUUACCAACUUCUUCUUCUUCAAACACGAUGAGAGCCUCUAUGGGCCGCUGGUCAAACAUGUCUCUUUCUUUGACUUUUUCAAGUACAAGUACCAGAUAAACAUCGAUGGCACUGUGGCAGCAUAUCGUCUGCCUUACCUGUUGGCAGGAGACAGCGUGGUCUUUAAGCAGGAUUCUGCCUACUACGAGCAUUUCUACAACGAGCUUCAACCGUGGGAGCACUACAUCCCAAUAAGGGCGGAUCUAGGAGACCUGCUGGAAAAGAUCCAGUGGGCUCGUGAGCAUGAUGAAGAGGCAAAGAAAAUUGCACUGGCGGGUCGGCAAUUUGCCCGCAGUCAUCUUAUGGCCAACAGCAUAUUUUGUUACCACUACAAACUUUUCCAGGAGUAUGCCAAACUGCAGGUGACAGAGCCUAAGGUUCGUAAGGGCAUGGUGCUUGUAGAGCAACCCACUGAUGACCUGUUUCCAUGUUCCUGCCACAGGACAAGGGCAAAGGAUGAACUCUGAUUGACCCGUCACAGAGUUUUAGGACAAUCCUCCAUGUCUGAUGUGUUUCCAAAAAAAUUUUGUCCAAGUGUGGAAUGAAUUGUAUGACUAUGGUAUCACCUUAUCUAUUUUUAAAAUAAAUGUUUUUUUGUAUGCUGAAA